CACUAGUCACUCAUACUCACUCGACUCGUGUUAGUGUAUCCAGGUCAUUCAACGUUUUCUAUUAGUAAUUUCCAAUCAUUUUAAAAGCAAUACGAGGGAAAGAAUUCAAUCCGAUGAUUUGAUGGCAGUAUAAAAUGUUCGACAGACAUAUAAACAUCUUCUAGGCCUAUAUCAUUAUCUGUCGCAGUGCCGGACAAUACAUUAUUCUACCUCUCAAACAUUUUCCACAACCUCAUCGGAUUCUGGGAGUAGCACUAGUGUAGGUGAAGAUAAAGCUAAAGGUUUGACUGUUUCCGCAAUAAUAAUAGGAAUACCAACAUCAAUCUUGGUCUUUGUUUUUAUAAUAAUGGCUGUAUAUUCUCUACAUGACUGUAGGAAGAGUGUUGACCUGACUUCGGGUGAGAAUAAAGAGGAAUUAGACAAACUCGACUUCUGCGGGGCGAAUGGAAGCGAUGGAAGGGGAAAUAAAUGCAAACAUAAUGACAGAAGAGUUUCUCUGAAAAACGUAACCGAUAAAGUCGAUUUCUGUGGCGAGAAUGGAAAUGGUGAAAGGGGAAAUGAAUGCAAACAUAAUGACAGAAAGGUUUCUCUGAAAAAAGUAACCGAUAAACUCAAUAACAAUAAUUCUAAAAAUAGCCAAAUUUCAUUUGACUUUUCAACGAACGGACCGAAACGUACAGACGCGCCAACAGUCUCGUUACCACGUAAUGAUGAUUUUGUUCUUUCAGCAGACGAUGACGCGUUUGAUACUGCUUCUCCAAAUGAUAGUAUAACAUCUAUCCCACUUUCUGACGACGAAUUCGUUAACAUUCCAGACAAGGGUAUCUGUGUUUUAUCGUUAACGCAUUCGUACAUUCGCAAGUACCCUUCAAUAAGCGAGGAGUGUUAUUGUGUCAUCUCAUUCAACCGGCGACCGUCUACGGCCGAAGCUGCCGUCGCUUCUUACGAGCGUGUUCUGGCGCUACAAAAGCUGGAAUUCGAUGUAACUAGAGCUAAGAUGUUGCAUUUUAAGAGGGCAAUGCGUUAUGUAAGCUGCAACGCAAGGAAAAUGGUAGACUAUGGUAUUCAAACUUCAACGACAUUUUAUAAAGGAAUGCAAACUUUCCACACUAAGGUGUUCGAGUAGUUUUCGCGAAAAUUAGUUAUAAUUAUAAAUUGUGUUUUUUGCUAUUGUAAUAUUUGCCCUUCUGUGCAAGACAUUGGUUACCUAGCAUGCCAUAAUGAUAAUAAUAACAAUAAUAAUACGCUCAUUAUUGAUGAAUUAUUACAAAUUAAUUAUGAUAGUGAUGAUGAUAGUAGUGAUGAUGGAGGUUGUAAUGAUUAAUGUUAGUGGCUAUUCCCCAUAUCUAUUUGUCUUCUGAAACUAUAUUUUCAUUUAUCUGUAUAUAUAUCUUUCUUAAUGUCUUUAUUACAAUAGCAGCCCAAAGUGGUGAACUGGAAUACCAAUUUAAAACUACUGCCACGUUUAAACAUGCAAAACAUUU